AUGCUGUUACUGGAAGUUUGUCAAGCAUUGCUUUUCAUUGAAUGGGCCGUCUACCUUGCAACACGAAUCAGUGUCAUUGUGGCAGAUGUCAUUGUCCUCAUGGUAACAUGGAUGAAGACCUACGAAAUCAAGAGAUAUGCAAACUCAGCUCACGUGGAGGCUCCCUUGGCAACUCUCUUGCUACGAGACGGCACUUUGUACUUUAUGUUACUUCUCAUGCUGAACCUCUCACUCAUGCUGUCAAACUACUACGGUGUCUACGAGUACCUGCCCUACUUCAUCGACCUAUUCAUGUGUAUAAUUGUAUCUCGUUUCCUCUUGAACCUGCGCGAGACGGACAACGUGCAAAACCAUGUUGCUUCUAACCCCUCCUUCGUGUGCACUCAUGCGCGGAGCUUGCAAUUGGCCUCAAGGAUAGUCGGGAACAUGGGCGCAUCACUAAGUCACGGUUCUCCCUCCCAAGUUGAUGACCUGUACGGGUUGGACCUUCCAGGAAAUGGCCUUGACAUCUCAGAAGGUGGAGGGGCUACUGGUGGGGAGGUGGUUACAGGAGAGAUCGAGCUCGUUGAGGUUUAG